UGUUUCAGAUGUAGAGAACUUCUUAUAGAUUUGAUUAAAUGCUGUAAUUUUAUUUCUAUUCCGCAUAAACACCAUUACUGGUAUAAGAAAAGAAAAUCAAGCUGUUAGUAAAUUCAAUGUUAUGUCUGAUUGAAGUUAUAUUUCAAAGUUCUUAGGCAAUAUUUGCAAACAAAAAUGGAUCCAUCUUCCUAAGUCAUAUCUAUUUGAAUCUAUAAAUUUUGAAGUCAUUGCGUUAAUUUAUAUAACCUUCUUACUGAUAUACAAUAUCAUCACUGUCAUUUUUGUAUCACAACAGAAGGAUUACUCAAAGUCUCGCAAGUCUAUAAAAAAACAAAACCAACAGGAUUUGGAAGCUUAUUGGAGAUCUGUACAUCAUGUCUUCUUUGGUCUGUGCACUUCAUGCUUUGGGCAGUGCUUUUUGUAAUAUCAUGGAGAGUUUUACUGGGAAGGUAAUUGAUUCUAGCGUAAAGGAUGUCAGAAGUGUUAUUGACUUCGAUGAGAAUUUGGAAACUCUGGAAAGAAAUAUAAAGCAAUUAUCAGAUAAAGUAGUUGAUGUGAAGACAGAAGUUGAGAAUCGAGAGCAAUAUGGGAAGAAGAAGAGGAAAAGAGAAAUUGAUUCUUGGUUAGACGAUGUUAUGAAGGUCGAAGAAGAAUUAAGUGCCUUAAAAGAAGAAGUAACAAGAGGGGAGAUAAAUCCUGGUGCUUUGGAGAAGUUGAAUGGAAGGGCUGGAGAACUUCUUGAGCAAAGUAAACAUUUUGGAAUGCUCGUACAUGAUAUGUAUGAGCGCGAGGAGUGUCUACUACUGGUGCCUCAAGUUCACGAGAAAAUAUCAGAACAAAAUAUAGAAGACAUUUGGUCGUGGUCACAUAAUAAUGUCUCAAGCAUCGGUAUACAUGGUAAGGAAGGUGUGGGCAAAACGACUUUGGCAAAGCAUAUACAUAAUCGUCUUCUUAAAGAGACUCAGUAUCAAGUCUGUUGGGUUACUGUCUCUCCAGGGUUUAGCAUCAAAAGAUUACAAGAUGAUCUUGCCAAACAUGUGAAUCUGGAUCUUUCAGAUGAGGUUGAUGAGCAGAGAAGGGCAGCCAAAUUAAGCCGGACAUUCAAAACAAGUAAGAACAUUGUUAUCAUAUUGGAUGAUGUCCGGGAUCGCCUUUGCUUGGAGAAGUUGGGUGACCCUCUUGUUGUGGAAGGCUGUAGACUGAUUCUAACUACUCGCUCAUAUGAAGUCUGCCGAAAGAUGGGUUGUAAGAAACUACUCGAAGUGAAGGAACUCAAUACUGAUGAUGCUUGGGAAUUGUUUAGGAAGAGUCUAGGGUCCGAGACUGUGCUUAGUCCAGAUAUCGAGCCUAUUGCCAAAUCCAUGGCAAGAAGGUGCAAGGGCUUUCCACUCAGGCUCAUCACUUUGGCGGAAAGCAUGAGAGGGGUGACUGAUAUAAGGGAGUGGAAGAACGCUUUGAAAGAGUUAUGAUCGGCUGAAAGAUACAAAUAUGCAAAAGUGCUUGUUGUACUGUGCUUUGUAUCCUGAAAACUACUCUCUCUGUUUCAAAUUUGUUUGUUAUUUCAAAUUUGUUUGUCUUAGUUACUAUUUGGACAUCCUUUGAUCAUAAUUUUUUCAAAUAUUUUGAAUUCUCAA